CCGCAGAGUUACAGCAGCAGGAUGGCCGGGAGCUUCUUCAAAGGACGCUUCCUCUCCUUAUUCGAUUAUAAAACGGAAAAAUACAUUAUUGCCAAAAAUAAAAAGGUUGGAGUUUUGUACCGACUUAUUCAGUUAUCUAUCAUUGGCUACAUUAUAGGCUGGGUUUUUGUAAGCAAGAAAGGCUACCAGGAAACAGACACUGCCAUCCAGAGCUCUGUGAUUACUAAACUGAAAGGAGUUUCGGUGACUAACACCUCGGAGUCUGGUCGGCUGGUGUGGGGGCCGGAGGACUACGUCAUCCCACCCCAGGGUGAAGCGGUGCUGUUUGUUGUCACCAAUUUCUUAGAGACGCCAAACCAGAAGCUGGGUUACUGCGCUGAGAGCCCAAAAGUGCUGGAUGGUCACUGCAGAGAUGACGAGGACUGUGAAGAGGAGAAGAUGGUUAUAGCUGGUAACGGAAUUAAGAGUGGACGAUGCUUAAGAAAAGAUGAAAACUCCACUGGUACCUGUGAAAUAUACGGCUGGUGUCCCAUUGAAAGAAAAUUCAAACCGCGUAAACCUCUGCUGUUAAACGCUGAAAACUUCACCAUCUACAUCAAGAAUUUCAUCUUAUUUCCCAAAUUCCAAUUUUCAAAGUCCAACAUCCUCGAAACGAGUGACGACUCCUUUUUGAAAAAAUGCAGAUUUGAUGAGCAGCUCUACCCUUACUGCCCCAUCUUUCGCCUGGGGGACAUCACCAGGAGAGCUGGAUACAACUUCCAGGACAUGGCCACAUUUGGUGGCUCCAUUGGCCUUUUGAUAGAGUGGGACUGUGACCUUGACAAAGGCUACUCUAACUGUAAUCCACAUUACCAUUUCACACGUCUGGACAUCUCCAACAACUCAAUCUCAACAGGAUUUAACUUCAGACACACUCGUUAUUUCAAAAAUGCUGCUGGUGAGAGCUAUCGAUCUCUAUUCAAAGUCUACGGUGUCAGAUUUAACAUUAUGGUCCACGGAAAGGCGGGGAUGUUCAGCAUUAUCCCAACAACCAUCAACGUGGGUUCAGGACUGGCUUUAAUGGGAGCUGGAGCUUUCUUCUGUGAUAUGGUCCUCCUCUACCUGAUGAAGAAGAGCGACUCUUAUCGAGAAAGGAAAUUUGAAGGACCAAAGUAGGAAAAGCAACACAUGGGUUGAGAUCUAUGAGGCAUCACAGUGCAUAUUAUACUGUACAGAUAAGAACCUUCAUAGGUCAAAGACACUGAAGCAUUUGAUUGGUAAUAUCUGGUUUAACAUGUAUUUAUUUUUUAAAUACCGUAAAAUGACACAUUAUGAAACAUGGCUUAUCUCAAUAAAUGAAUUGUAAUUGGUUUUGUUAAUAAUGUGCAUACUAUGUAGUUUAACAGGUAUGUGUGUUCCACAGAAUAAAGACAUCAACAGCUAAAGACAGAAAUGCUGCCACAGUACAGGAGAAACUGACAUGUUUUACUUUUUAACACGAGAUGAGUUUGUAAUUGUUGGUUAUAGUGUAAUACAAUACAUAGAAAACAUGUCAUGUAAAAAAUGACAUUUAGAACAGUUUAAUAUUCUUAUGUGAAGCUCUAAUAAGAAAAGGCAACAAAAUAUGAGUCUGAAGUCGUUAGUUAUCAGUUGCUACUUUAUUUUUCAAUUUUUAAAAACAUAUUUUUAAAUAUUUGAAUUUGCUGGUUAAGUCAAAACGACUGUCGGUUACUGCUUGAUUUAAAAAGAUCAAUAAUUAAUGUGAAGGGAAAUGACCUCAUAAAUGAAUUGCCAGUUUUCCUCUUCCAUCUUGUUUUUGAGUUGUACAUCAGUGACGUCAGUAACAAACUAAACAUGUUAUUAACACAGAGCACUGCUUGUAUAUAAGUUGAUGUAAAUAGAGGUUUUAAUAAAACACUUG